GUUUCCUCCAGUGUGGCCAUGGUCUCCACAGCAGUCACCAUCUCCACCAUGAAUCCGUCCCCUCAGGAUGGGGAGGACACAGAUGCCUUCACACCGCUCCGCCCUGUGCAGGAGCCAGAGUCGCCUCUCUGUCAGGGCGGUCUGGCUCCGUCCUGCUGGCUCCUCUACUUUAAACCCAUCAUGGCUGUCAGUGUCGGCAUGCUGCUGUUUGGAUCAGGCACGGCCCUGUCCCUGCUCUAUUACACCCAUGUGGGCAAUGUCUCAUACCUGCUGGGGCCCCUGUUCCUCUCUGUGGGUCUGAUGUUCCUGGUCACCGGCCUGAUCUGGAUCCCAGUGCUCAAACAGAGUCUGGAGUAA